AUGGACAUCAACAAGAUGUGUGCUCUUUGCGAGGCACAUGACGAAUCAGCCGACCACCUUUUCUUUAGGUGCUCUGAGACUAAGAAGGUUUGGGACGACAUUAGGGGAUGGCUAUCCCUUUGGAGGAACAUCUCCACUAUCCGGAGCGCGAUCAAAUGGACGACUAGACACCGCACGAGCUCGGCCAUACUGAAGAAGGCGAGAAGGAUUGCUAUCAUGGCAACGGUCUACGGUAUUUGGAAAGCAAGGAACGCGCACAUCUUUGAUGGAACGAAGUUUGAUGUCGCCAGGACUACGCUACUCAUUAAGUCCUCCACGUACACCAUACUCUACUCUCUUUAUCCAGAUGACCAAGUCAUUCAGCACCUGCCGGACACAAGGACGUAG